ACCGCAGAGCCCACGAUGUCGGCCAACGUCACGAUGAAGCCCCUGUGUCCCCUCCUGGAGCAGAUGAGCCGCCUCCAAAGCCACAGCAACUCCAGCAUCCGCUACAUUGACCACGCGUCAGUGCUGCUGCAUGGGCUGGCCUCGCUGCUGGGCCUGGUGGAGAACGGACUGAUCCUCUUCGUGGUGGGCUGCUGCAUGCGCCAGACCGUGGUCACCACCUGGGUGCUGCACCUGGCACUGUCUGACCUGCUGGCCACUGCCUCCCUGCCUUUCUUCACCUACUUCCUGGCCGUGGGCCACUCCUGGGAGCUGGGCACCGCCUUCUGCAAGCUGCACUCCUCCAUCUUCUUCCUCAACAUGUUCGCCAGCGGCUUCCUGCUCAGCGCCAUCAGUCUGGACCGCUGCCUGCAGGUGGUGCGGCCCGUGUGGGCGCAGAACCACCGCACGGUGGCCGUGGCCCACAGGGUAUGCCUGGCGCUCUGGGCCCUGGCCGUGCUCAACACCGUGCCCUACUUCAUCUUCCGGGACACCAUCCCGCGGGUGGACGGGCGCAUCAUGUGCUACUACAACGUGCUGCUCCUGAACCCCGGGCCCGACCGUGAUGCCACGUGCAACUCGCGCCAGACGGCCCUGGCCGUCAGCAAGUUCCUGCUGGCCUUCGCGGUGCCGCUGGCCAUCAUCGCCUCGAGCCACGCGGCCGUGAGCGUGCAUCUGCGCCACCGCGGCCGCCGGCGGCCCGGCCGCUUCGUGCGCCUGGUGGCGGCCGUGGUGGCGGCCUUCGCGCUCUGCUGGGGGCCCUACCACGUGUUCAGCGUGCUGGAGGCGCGGGCGCACGCGGACCCGGCGCUGCGGCCGCUCGUGUGGCGCGGGCUGCCGUUCGUCACCAGCCUGGCCUUCGUCAACGGCGUGGUCAACCCGCUGCUCUACGUGUUCACCUGCCCCGACGUGCUGCGCAAGCUGCGGCGCUCGCUGCCCAGCGUGCUGGAGAGCGUGCUGGUGGACGACAGCGAGCUGGGCGGCGGGGGCAGCAGCCGCCGCCGCCGCCGCACCUCCUCCACCUCGGCCUCCUCCUCCUCGCUGGGCGGCCGCCGCCUGCCCCCGCUCGGGCCCGCAGGCCUGCUCGGCUGGCUGCGCGGUGGCCGCGCGGCGUCCCCGCAGAGGGACCGGGCUCGAUCCCAGCACGAGCGGGGCCCCCUGAACCGGGCGCUGCGCACCACCUCGGCGUAG